AUGUCUCUUGCCGUUUUGUGUGGCCCACUUGUUUCCGUCCCUCCCCUCUUGCUGUCCGUCCCUCUCCUUCCACCCACUCCCUCGCUUUGUUGCACCCUCUAUUUUCUCCCUUCACACAGUUAUGAUUCGUGUCUCUGUCACCGUUUCUAUCUCUCUGCAUCCACCACCGUUUUCUAUCUGCUCGUCCUCGAUACCUCUCACCCCCCUUCCUUUCCCCUUUUCCCCCAUCCCCCUGCACUUCUCUUUCUCCCUCAUUUUUUUCCGUUCUCACACCAUCUUGACCCGCUCAUCUGCCCCCUCAUCCUCCCACCUCCUCCCUCCCCCUCCACCCCAUUCCGCCUGCCUCCUCUCUCCCGUCGCUCCCUCGAGCUAUCCCGGGAAGCGGCUUCUUUCCUCCUGCGCACACUGCAAGCCGACCCCCUCUGCAUCCCGGCCUUAGUGCCACUAGUGCAGGUGAGCUUCUUCCUACCUCCCCCGCCACCCCAUUCCGCCUGCCUCCUCUCUCUCGCCGCUCCCUUGCUCUCUCGCAAGGUAGCAUCCUUCCUCCUGCACACACUGCAAGCCGACCCCCUCUGCAUCCCAGCCUUAGUGCCUCUAGUGCAGGUAAGCUCCUCCUAUGUCCCAUUCUCCCCACCUACCCUACCACGCCGCACUCCGCCUCCCUCAAGCUCUCGGGGGACGUGUUUUGAGUCGAGUCUCCGGGGAAGCAGCAUCCGCACACUGCAAGCCGAUCCCCUUUGCAUCCCAUCCCUCGUGCCUCUAGUUCAGGUAAGCUUCUCCCUGAACCCCAUCCCUCUUCUCCUCCACCCCACCCCAUUCCGCCUGCCUCCUCUCUCCCGUUGCUCCCUCGAGCUCUUCCAAGAGUCUGCCUCCUUCCUCCUGCGCACACUGCAAGCCGAUCCCCUCUGCAUCCCGGCUCUAGUGCCCCUCGUUCACCUGCAUGCCUCUAGAGCAGAUAUGCCCCAACUGUACCCCAUUUCCUGCCUUGCACUUAUCCCUUCUUCUCCGUUUUUCCUUCCAACCCCAUUUCCUGCCUUGCAGAUUCGCGGCCCCAGAGGAGUGGGAGUGGCCCUUGACAUUCUUCACCGCUCGUGCCUGCCUGCCCUGUCACUGAUAUCUCACUGUCUCUCGCCCCACUCCCUUGCUGCUGAUUCUCGUAUCCGUCCCUUUCUUUCUGACACAGAUUCUUGCGGCCCAGGGCACCAGAGGAGUGAGAGUGGCUCUGGACAUUCUGCACCGCUCGUGCCUGCCUGCUGUUGCACGCUCCAUCCAUCCAUUCAGGUCCUUCGGCUGAUGCCCUCCUGUGCCCAUGCCAUGCGAGGCGUGCUGUCUCUGGGUCUACAAGGCACAUGUGGCCCGUCUCUCCGCAUGGCCAUUCUAGCACUGCAUCUGAACGCGCUUGCUACCACCAGAGAGUCCCUGCCUGCUUGCCUGGUGGGGUGGGCUGGCUGGGAGGGAUGGAGGGAGUCAUUGCCACGCUCACAUUCGUUCUCUCACCCCCGCCCCCGUCCCAUUCCCCUGUGUGCAGGCACGUGCGGCCGUCUCUCUCCUCAUGGCCAUUCUAGCACUGCAUGUGGACGCGCUUGCUGCCACCAGCAGCACCAGAGUCCUUGUUCUCGCCUGCCUGAUGGGGGCUGUUACAAUCACACCCGUUCACUCACACCCCUUCCCCCUCCACCCUAUACAGGCACGUGCGGCCCCUCUCUCCUCAUGAGCACGCUGGCAGUGCAUCUGGACGCCCUCGGUGCCACCAGCAGCAGUGCACUGGCUGCUUGGUGGGGGCUGGCAGGGAGCAUGAAGGCUGUGUGGCUCUCAGCCUUUGCUGGUGCGGCUGGGAGAGGGGCAGCAGUAGGGGCAGCUGUAGUAGGGGAGAGAGAUGGGGGAAGGAGAGGGGAAGGUGCAGCGAGAAAAGAAGCAGCAGCGAAGGAAGCGAGGGCCAGGAAAGUGGUGCUGCAGGUGUGGUGGGAGAGGAGGGAGUGGUGGAAAGCGGUGCAGUUCGGCAUCGGGCAUGUGAAGAGGCAGUUGAGGCUCAUUGAUCGGCUGCAAGGUGGGUGA